AUGAAGGCGCUCGUGGCGGUCCUCCAGAGACCGCGGCCCAAGGUCGGAAGGCUCCGGGGCGCCUGUCAUCAGGGCAUUCCUCCAUACUUUGCCAUCCUUCGCCAUCCUUUGCCAUCUGCCUCCCGUCUCCAGGUCCAGGCCCCGGCCGUGGGCGGGUCGUCCUGCGAGCCAGAGAGGCUUCACGGUCCCGGUCCGAUAGCAGGCCAGGCCGUGCAAAAAGGAGGUCUCAGUCGUCUCGCGUGUAGCACACGUGUAGCACACGUGCAGCCCGUCAUGAUGUGCCGUUAUGCCAGGCCCAACCGGCCCAGGCCUGGCUUGAGCCCAGGCCGCCCACCGCAACCACCACGAAGGCGUCGGCGACGCAUCGAGGCAAGAAGUGACUCGGAGGUUGAAGCGAAGCGGGCCCGGAAUGGGCGAGGGCUGCGUGGCCAAAGUGCAGAGCCCCCGCUUGCAAACCAUGCAAGCCCCAAGAAGGCAGAGAGGAAACGAGCUACACCCCGUGCAGCGCGUGCUGCGCCGCGUGCAGCUCGUGCCCGAGAACCCUCGGAGCGGGAAUGCUCGGACGAAGACCGCUCGGAUGCCUCAUCCAAGUCACGCAAGGACCUUGUGUCUGGCAGGGACAGGCAGCGGAAAGCCGAGUACAUGCAAAUGGCAGCCCAACAGGCGGCUUUCAUGCAGUUUAUGCACCAUCCAGGGUACAUGGCUAUGAUGCAGCAGCAGAUGGGCAUGAUGCAGCCCCACAUGAUGCACAUGGGCAUGCGUCCCCAGCCGUGGGGCCCGGCUCGACGAGGACGCAGGUCAUCAAGCAGCGGAAGCUACUCCAGCAGUGAGUCCCGCAAAGAAGGCGCACAGCCGGACUCGUCCUGCACGCUUGCAGCGCAUUCAGGAAAGGAGGUGGAGGAGUUUCUGAAGGCAGCCACCGAGCUCGAAGCGGAGGUGGCAAAUCGCUUCCGGGAUAUGCCGCCACAUCUGCAGCAAGAGGUCAUGCGCCGCGGCCCUUUAGAUGCCAGGAGCCCAACUUCUUCGCUGUUGAGUCGUAUGAAGCAGGCCCUGGAAGCAGAUCGAUCUGGCUGCCUGCUGAGAGGUGGAGGCCCGGGCAAUGGGGGGAUGCGGCCAGUGAAGCAGUCUGCCAAGGCAGCCAUCGAGGCUUUGAUCAACGACUUCCAUCUCCAACCGGAAUGUGCCUGGAUGCUGCGGUCUCUGCCGCCUGAUAAGCAGAAGCUGGCAGCUAGGAUUGAUCCCUCUGGUCAAGCAGAUGCGUCCGGGUAUGUGGCCGAGGAGCUGAAGAAGAUCGUUUGA